CCGACAGCCAUGUGACCGCGCCGCUGCCUUCCGCGCGCCCGGCCCGCCCGCCCGCCGCCGUGCGUCCGCGGCCCGGCCGCAGCCCAGGCCGCCGAGGGAGCGGUGCGGCCGGCACCAUGGCCGAGCGGGGCCGCCUGGGCCUGGCCGGCGCGCCCGCCGCGCUAAACACGCCGGUGCCCAUGAACCUGUUCGCCACCUGGGAGGUGGACGGCUCCAGCCCCAGCUGCGUGCCCAGGUUGUGCAGCCUGACCUUGAAGAAGCUGGUGGUCUUCAGGGAGCUGGAGAAGGAGCUCAUCUCAGUGGUGAUCGCAGUCAAGAUGCAGGGCUCCAAGCGGAUCCUGCGGUCCCAUGAGAUUGUGCUGCCCCCCAGCGGACAAGUGGAGACCGACCUGGCGCUGACCUUCUCGCUGCAGUACCCUCACUUCCUGAAGAGAGACGGCAACAAGCUGCAGAUCAUGCUGCAGCGGAGAAAGCGCUACAAACACCGGACAAUCCUGGGCUACAAGACGCUGGCGGCGGGCGCCAUCAACAUGGCCGAGGUGAUGCAGCACCCCUCCGAGGGGGGCCAGGUGCUGAGCCUCUGCAGCAGCAUCAAGGAGGCCUCAGUCAGGGUGGCAGAGAUUUGGAUCUUCUCCCUGUCCAGCCAACCCACUGACCAUGAGGACAGUGCCAUGCAGACCGGCCCCGCAGCCAAGUCCACAGAUAACUACUCCGAGGAGGAGUACGAGAGCUUCUCCUCCGAGCAGGAGGCCAGCGACGACGCUGUGCAGGGGCAGGAUUUGGACGAGGAUGACUUUGACGUGGGGAAGCCCCAGAAGCAGCGGCGAUCGAUAGUAAGAACGGCGUCCAUGACCAGGCAACAAAACUUUAAGCAGAAAGUUGUGGCACUGCUGCGGAGGUUCAAAGUGUCAGAUGAGGUUCUGGACUCUGAGCAGGACCCUGCGGAGCAUGUCCCCGAGGUGGAGGAGGACCUGGACCUUCUGUAUGACACACUGGACAUGGAGAACCCCAGCGACAGCGGCCCUGACAUGGAGGAUGAUGACAGUGUCCUCAGCACCCCCAAGCCAAAGCUCAGGCCGUACUUCGAAGGCCUGUCGCACUCCAGCUCGCAGACGGAGGUUGGGAGUAUCCACAGUGCCCGAAGCCAGAAGGAGCCCCCGAGCCCGGCCGACAUGCCUGAGAAGACGCGGGCCAUGGGAGGCAAGCAGCCAAGCGACAGCGUCUCCGAGGCAGCGGCCCAUAGCAUGCCCGCCCCUGGGGAGCAGCCGGCUCAGCCAGAGGACAGCCCAGAGGUGGAGGCCUCCACCCUGGACGUGUUCACCGAGAAGCUGCCGCCCAGCGGGAGGAUCACCAAGACCGAGUCUCUGGUCAUCCCCUCCACCAGGUCCGAGGGGAAGCAGGCCGGCCGCCGGGGCCGGAGCACAUCCCUGAAGGAGAGGCAGCCGGCAAGGCCACAGAAUGAGCGAGCCAACAGCCUGGACAGUGAGCGCUGCCCAGACACGCGGAGCCAGCUGCAGAUCCCCAGGAAGACCGUGUAUGAUCAGUUAAACCACAUCCUCAUCUCUGACGACCAGCUCCCCGAAAACAUCAUUCUUGUCAACACCUCUGACUGGCAGGGGCAGUUCCUUUCUGACGUCCUGCAGCGGCACACGCUCCCCGUGGUGUGCACGUGCUCCGCGGCCGACGUCCAGGCGGCCUUCAGCACCAUUGUCUCACGGAUACAGAGAUACUGCAACUGCAAUUCCCAGCCCCCUACCCCUGUGAAGAUCGCGGUGGCUGGGGCUCAGCAUUACCUCAGUGCCGUGCUGCGGCUCUUCGUGGAGCAGCUGUCCCACAAGACCCCGGACUGGCUGGGCUACAUGCGCUUCCUCGUCAUCCCACUGGGUUCCCACCCUGUGGCCAGGUACCUUGGCUCCGUGGACCACCGCUACAACAACUUUUUCCAGGACCUCGCCUGGAGAGACCUGUUCAACAGGCUGGAGGCCCAGAGCACUGUGCAGGACACGCCGGACGUUGUGUCGAGGAUCACACAGUACAUCUCGGGGGCCAACUGCGCCCACCAGCUGCCCAUCGCGGAGGCCAUGCUGACCUACAAGCAGAAGAGGAAAAAGAACUUUCACUUUGACUUUGCCCUCAGCCCUGAUGAGGAGUCCUCUCAGAAGUUCAUCCCCUUCGUCGGGGUGGUGAAGGUUGGAAUAGUGGAACCGUCGUCAGCCACAUCAGGUGACUCAGAUGAUGCAGCCCCCUCGGGCUCCGGUGCGCUCUCAUCCACCCCACCGUCCACAUCCCCUGCGGCCAAAGAGGCCUCGCCCACCCCGCCUUCCUCCCCGUCGGUGAGCGCAGGCCUGUCUUCCCCCAGCCAGGGCCUCGGUGCCGAGCUGAUGGGGCUGCAGGUGGACUACUGGACGGCGGCCCAGCCUGCAGACAGGAAGAGGGAUGCGGAGAAGAAGGACUUGCCUGCCGCCAAAAACACGCUCAAGUGCACCUUCCGGUCUCUCCAGGUCAGCAGGCUGCCCAGCAGUGGUGAGGCUGCAGCCACGCCCACCAUGUCCAUGACUGUGGUCACCAAGGAGAAGAACAAGAAGGUGAUGUUUCUGCCCAAGAAAACCAAGGACAAGGACGUGGAGUCCAAGAGCCAGUGCAUUGAGGGCAUCAGCCGCCUGAUCUGCACGGCCAAGCACCAGCAGAACAUGCUUCGGGUCCUCAUCGACGGCGUGGAGUGGAAUGACGUCAAGUUCUUCCAGCUGGCGGCCCAGUGGUCCUCCCAUGUCAAGCACUUCCCCAUCUGCAUCUUCGGACACUCCAAGCCCACCUUCUAGCCCCGCCUGUCGGGGCCACCGCAGCCCUGCCUGCAGCCCUGUGGGCCGAGUGCCGGGGCCCAGCUGCUUUCUGUUAACAUUUCAGUUCACUACAGACACAGACUCUUAAAACACAAAGAGAAAUGGUCUUAAGUAUGACUGUGCUCACAACCUGGAAACUAAUGGGGAGCUUCCCCCUGGGAGCCCGUUAACUGCUCUGCUUCUUAACCAGAACGUGUUGGCUGGGUGGCCAGGUGGACAGCGUGGAGCUGGAGGAUCCUGGAAGGUGUGCCCCCCGGCGAGAAGGGUUCUCAUCUUCGUGUCCUGUCCUUCCUGAAAGCCAGGACUCUGCGUCCUCAGGGAGCCGGGGGCAGGCGGGUGGCUGCACAGACCAACAGGCUGCCUGUGUGCCCAGGCACUGAGCUGGGGGGCCAGAGCCAGAGGCUGGCCUCCAGAGCACAGAGGCUGGCCAGCCCCACCUGGGGCCCCAGCCACCGACCAGCCCAGAGAUGCCCCAGCACCGCCCACACGUGGUCCCUAUAAACUCCAGCCUCACAGGGCAGAAGAGGCUUUUAGUAGCAGAUAUUUUUAACGCUGUUAAAUACAUGUUAUAAUGUAGCUGCCAAACAGACAUUGCUCUUCUGAAGUCCCCGUGCCCCUCAGGGCUGGGGCAGAGCCAGCCUCCAACACCGGUCUCGCCCCGCAGCGUGCUCCCACCACUGUUGGAGACGCCGCCACACUCCUGCGAGCUGUCCCUGCCCUGAGUUCAGCAAGCACGGUUCAGCCCACCUUCUGGCUGUGGCAUGCGUGGGCCAGGUGACCCAGGGUUUUGUGUAACCCAAGCACCACUGUGGCCAGUGAAUGCCCACGUAGGGCCACCUGACCGCAGGGGCCAGGACCACUGGAGCUGUGGGUGCAGCCUGGGGGACCCCUCGGACCAAGGGCCCGGCCUCUCGGCCAAGCUCCUGAGUGAGGUUUAGGUUUGGGUCCCGCCCUGGGUGGCAGUCCUGCCCUCCGCCUUCCCGGGUAGCAGGAGGCGGGGUCCUCCCCAGUCCUGCUGCUCCCACAACCCCACAGCCUGGUCCCCACGGGAAGAGCCCUCCAGCUCUUGCAGCUGGGACCCUGGGACCUUGCCGGCCCACCCCGAAGGCUGUGCUCUUAAUUUCCUAAGGCUACUUGGGAAACAGUGCCAGACACAGGACAGGCUGCAGACCGCUCCCAUUCUUCCAGAGGACGGGCCUCUGACAGCCCAUGGCACAGGGGUGCGAGAUGUCCCACUUUUCUUACCCGUGACCUUCCUGCUUCCCUCCUCCCCCAGGUAAAGGGACGGGUCUGAGUGUUCAUGGUCACAGGCCCUGGGUGAGUUGGUGGACAGGACCAGGACAUGACCGUGGGUUUGGCCCCCACUCGGGUGCCUGCAGGCAGAGUGCUGGGCAGAGGGCUGCUCCCAAGAGCCCUCCUCACUGAAAUUUGCCCCCUCUGACAGCACCUGGGACCUGGCUUGGAAGGAACUGAGGUAGGGUGCCGGCCACAGAGCAGGCCUGCCCGUGGCUUCUCUUGGAAGGGAGCCGUGAACCCCUGAGGGUCCUGCCCUCACCACUGAGACCUCAUCUGCUCACGUUUUCAGAGGUCACGUUCGACAGGAGCAGGUGCUGGUGAGGCACCAGACUCAGCCUUCCAGCUGCAGGGCAGGCUUCAGAGGAACACCCAGGGGCUCCCCUGCCCCUCCUGGCUGAGAGCCCCCCCUUUUCUGGGGCGUCCUCGGCCCACUUCUGUGGCUGUGUCCUCACACUGUGCAGAGGACCCAGUGCCUCCACCCUGUGCCUGUGCCUGCAGAGCCCGCUGUGGUCUGUCCUCUGCCUGAGUGCUGUGGAGCCCACACACCACUCCCUCCCAGGGCCACACCUUGCUCGGGGACUUGGGCUGCGCGUACACCUGUGCCUCAGUUUCCCCAUCAGCUAAAUGGGGAUGGUCACAUUUCCCCUGCCUACCUCAUGGAGCUCUUGUGAGGAUACAUGUAGAAGCACUUUGUCCCUCAAAGGAAGAGGACACAGAAGCCAAAGCCAUCUGACUGUGCGGGUGUGGCUGUGAGCACAGCGGGGUGGGGGGCGUGAGCUGUGUGGGCCCCAGACAGCAGUGCACAGGACAGGAGCGGCCCCUCGGCAGCAGUUCUCAGCCCACUGGUUAACCAGAGGUAACUAGCAGUCCAGCCACCAGUUACCAUCAGGCAAGGCCAGAACCCCCGCUGGCCGGGCUGCCGCGGUCCAGCGUGGUGCGGGCAGGCGCUGCCCUUGCCUGGGCCUGGUAAGGGGCAGCCCCUUCCUUGCAGCCAGGCUCACUGCUUGCUCCCUCCCGUGACCCACGGCUAGUGUCAUGAGUGUCAUGGCCGCACCUCGGAAAGAAAACCCCCUGGGCCCAGCCGGGGUCUUGUGGGGCGGAAUGGCCAAGGCCGACCUUGCUGCACCGUCCUCGCUUCCCGACGGCCCUUCGUGGGUCUGGCCUUUUGCCCGGAAGAUUCCUCCUUAGACCAGGCUGCCUUGCUCUGAGGGCCAGCGGCCUGUUCUCUGGCCCCCUCCCCAGACCUGGCCUUCCCCCCCGUGGGGAUGUCCCUGGGCGGCCUGCAAGAGCCCGAGGGCUGGGCUCGAUGGCAGGCCAAGGGCCGCCACGGUUCCGGUCUGCAGACUCCAUCCAUCCCGUUAAUUGCGCAGUUUGGUUUCUAGGAUGUACGCGUUGCUAGUUUUUUGUUUUUUGGUUUUUUUUUGAACAGAAUUAAUGUAAGCCUGUUUGGGGAGCAGAUUCCAAUCUGUCACGAAUGUGACCACGUGGACUAUUUCAAGGUGCUGAUGCAACACUAAUAAACCUGGGGAGCACCCCCAGGCCCUCCUCUG